CUUGCAAAUUUAUUUUGCAGCCCUCGCCGCGCCCGGCUGCCUCCCCCCUCUCUGUGGUCUUCGAAAUCUCCAUCUCGAUCCUCUCUCGCCGCCGCCGCCGCCGCCGCCGCCGCGGAAACCUCCAAACUCGAUCUUCCCUCCCCUCGAUGACCGUAUGAGAUGUGCGGCGGCGGCACGCGCUCUCCUCCCCCUCCCACCCGCCGCCGUCCCCAUCCACACGCACACCGCCGCCGCCGCCGGAUCCCCCUCCCCGGCCGCCGAGCUCGCCGCCGCCGACGCGCUCCACGCGCUGCUCUCCACGCUCCCGCCCUCCCUCCCCGCCCUCCUCCCCAGCCUCUCCCUCCUCUCGCCGCGCCUCACGCCGCACACCGUCUCCGACACGCUCCUCCUCGCCGACCUCCCCGCCGCAUCCCGUAUCCGCCUCUUCCUCUUCUCCGCCCUCACCCGCCGCCUGCAGUCCCCGCUGCUCCACUCCCGCGCCGUCACCCUCCUCCUCUCCUGCUCCCCCACCACCGACGCCGCAAUGUUCGACGCCCUCGCCGACGCCCGGGCGGCCGGCCUCCACGCCCCAGCCGCCGCCUUCGCGGCGCUCGUCGCCGCGCACGCCUCCGCCGGCCGCCACCAGGACGCCGUCGACGCCUUCUCCCGGAUGGCCGACUUCGGGUGCCGCCCCACGCCCUUCGUCUACAACACCGUCUUCAAGGCCCUCGUCGACGGCGGCGUCAUCCUCCUCGCCCUGGCGCUGUACAACCGGAUGGCCGGCGCCGGGUGCGCGCCCACCGCGGCCACCUACAACGUGCUCAUGGACGGGCUCUGCAAGCGCGGCAUGUCGGGGGACGCGCUCAAGAUGUUCGACGAAAUGCUCGAGCGGGGGAUCGCGCCCGGCGUCAAGAUCUACACCGUGCUGCUCUCGUCCCUGUGCAGCGCGGGGAGGACCGGGGACGCCGCGCGGCUCCUCUGCUCCAUGAAGGAGAAGGGGUGCCCGCCUGACGAGGCCACGCACAACGCCUUCCUCAGCGGGCUCUGCAAGGCUGGCAGGGUUGACGAGGCGUUUCAGCGGCUGCAGCUGCUUCAAGAUGAGGGGUUUGCGCUUGGGCUCAAAGGUUAUAGCUGUCUCAUCGACGGUCUGUUCCAGGCCGGACGGUUUGACGAGGGCUUCGGUUAUUACAAGGAAAUGCUGGAGAAGAGCGUUUCGCCAGACGUCGUCCUGUACACGAUAAUGAUCCGUGGUUGCGCGGAGGCUGGCAGAAUGGAGGAUGCCUUCUCGUUACUGGAUGUGAUGAAGGACAGAGGGUUUGUGCCUGACACCUACUGUUACAACACGUUGCUCAAGGCUUUCUGCGAUGUCGGUAAACUGGAUAGAGCUCAGUCAUUGAGAUCGGAGAUGUUGCAGAAUAACGUGGUUCCGGACUCCACAACAUACACUAUCAUGAUAUGUGGAUUGUGCAAGAAAGGACUCGUAGACAAGGCACUGCAAGUUUUUCGUGAGAUGGGAGAACUUGGUUGCCAUCCGACGGUUAUGACAUACAAUGCACUCAUCGACGGACUUUACAGGGUCGGCAGGCUAGAGGAAGCUCGGAUGCUUUUUUAUAAGAUGGAGAUGGGGAACAACCCCUCCUUGUUUCUUCGCCUCACCCUCGGUGCCAACCAGGUGAGGGACAGCGAGAGCCUCCGUAAGCUAGUUGAUGGUAUGUGCCAAUCUGGGCAGGUGCUCAAGGCUUUCAAGCUUGUUCGAGGUAUAAUAGACAGCGGAGUUGUUCCUGAUGUCGUCACAUAUAACACAUUGAUAAAUGGACUCUGUAAAGUCAAGAAUCUUGAUGGUGCACUAGGGCUCUUCAAAGAGCUCCAACUUAAAGGAAUCUCUCCUGAUGAAAUCACGUAUGGGACUCUUAUUGAUGGGCUCUGGAGGGCACACAGAGAAAAUGAUGCCAUGGUGUUGUUCCAGAACAUAUUGCGAGGCCGUGGAUCUCCUAGUUUGUCCAUCUACAAUACUAUGAUGAGAUCACUUUGUAGGAUGAAGAAAUUGACGCAAGCAAUCAACCUCUGGUUGGAUUACUUGCCCAAAAAGUACAAUCUCUCAGUGGAAGAUGAAGUAAUCAUUAAUGCCCGCAAAUGUUUUGAGGAAGGAUCCCUGGAUAAAGUAGUUAAGGAGUUAAUCAAGAUUGACCAAGAAUAUGACUCUGUAAGCGCAAAUCCAUACACAAUUUGGGUGAUAGGGCUUUGUCAGGUAAGGAGAAUUGAUGAUGCUGUUAGGAUAUUUCGUAUCCUUGAAGAGUUCUGCAUUGAUGUCACACCGGCAUGCUGUGCUCUUCUUAUCAAUUACCUAUGCUGGGAAAGAAAUCUAAAUGCAGCAGUUGACAUCAUGAUGUAUACAUUGAGUAAACGUUUCAUUGUAUCGCAAGCUGUAGGCAACCGUUUACUUAGGAGGCUCUGUAUCCGUUACAGAAGGAGGGAUGCACAGACACUUGCAUGGAGAAUGCAUCUUGUAGGAUAUGAUAUGGAUGUAUAUCUUCGUGAGCCUACAAAAAGCUUGCUAUACAGUGAAUAGAAAAAUCUGUAGUGUCGUAAAACUACAGAGCUACCCCCAUGAGGGAUGCUGAUGUUUUGUUUUGUUCUGUAUCAAUUUUGUUAGGUAAACAGCAAAAUAGGGUCUUAUUCACUGAUUUCUUACCUCUUGCAAUGGAUUUGUAACCCACCAAUUGAGUUGUAACUUCAAUAAUGAGGCAAAAAGUUUAUGUCUGCAACA